UACACGACCAGUUUGACAGCAAUUACUCGAUCGGAUCAACCCGAGCAGACCACGGUCCCCUCUUCCGAAUUAUGCAUAAUUCCAUCAGUAAGGAUCGAGGUCCAUCAUACCAUUCCGUUACGGAAGUUCUCCUUUCCCUGUUCGUCCGUUCUUAUAUUAUCAUGCCGUUAUUGCUACUCACCCUGCCAUGUCUGCCAACUUUCAAUCUACAUGACGUUCUUUCUGUCUCUCUUUCGUUUAUCUUCCUCCUUCUGCCCCUCGAUUGAGCCUUCAUUGUUCAAAUGAUGGCAGUUCUGUUUCGAUUCAGUCUUGUGCUUGCCGUCUUCGCGGGAUGUCUAAAUGCCCAGCAGAUUGUCAACGGGCAGAUUUACACGCCAGGGAUUGCGCUGGUGGACUCGCCACAACCAAAUACGCCUGAGGGUGGUGAUUUUCUACAAGUGGCUCUUGAUGUGACCUCUGACGGCCAGCUCGCACUUCCUCCUUACCCCACCAAUCCCAACUCUGCCAUUUGGAACAUAACGAUUUUCCUCUCAAGCUAUACAACGGGCUACAACUUCACGAUCUCGAAUGGCACCGCGACUGCAAACAAUGCAAGCUUAGGAGAAAUCAUGGCGCAGGAACCAAGCUCAACGGUGAAGCACGUAAAUUGGGUAUGGCCGGAUUGCUUAGUGGGAGACGGAGCAUCGUCCGACAAUUCCUCUGCCCGCGGAGCUUACAAUAUUUCAAUCCGCCAAAAUUUCCGACUGAAUGGAACGAACAUGUACACGAUCUUCGACCUUCCCAUCAAAGUCACGAACUCGAUCCCAGCUGAAAGCAAUCGACCAGCUUGCGACUCGCUCAAUAAUCCUCUGCUCGAUCAGGCCACGUUGAACGCUUCUGCGAACAACUUCACGAGAAUUGUUGGGACUGCGAUACAAGGAAAUAGCGGAAGCGGGAGUUCAAGCAACGGGCUGGGAGGUGCAGGAAUGUUGGACUGGAAAACAAGCGUUCAUGCGAUCUGGAUCUUGGCCUUCGUGUUUAUGGUUUUGCUUUGAGUGUACAGUGAUUGUUGGGAGUUUAGGUAUACCUUCAGGAGCAGUUUUUGAGUGUGGCGUUUUGUGUAUUUGUGGUUUUCUUCUUAGAGAGGUUAUCAAGUAUCACUUCGCUAUAAGUUGUUAUGGGUAUAAUUUUACAUCUUGAUUCUUGUUCACUGUUCACUGUUCAUAAUGGAUGAAGAAAUCCUUCAAGUUCACAGAAACCAGUUUUGAUCGCCCUUUGAAAAUGGCAUCAUAAAUAUCACUUGAGCUAUAAUAUGUCAGCACAUAAUCAUCACCGUUACCACGUUCUUUCACAGCAUCUAGACAAGAUCGCCUGCAUUAUCACACUUACUUAAAACAUAAGUACUCUCGCAGGUCAUGUGGCAUGUUCUUAGCACGUAAAUAAGCUCUAGGUUUCGAGCAUGCUCUAGAUGUUUUGGUAGCGAGCGUCAUGCAAU